AUGAGUCAAGACAUAACCGAUUUGAAAGCUUUUAAGGAAGAAGUGAAUUCUAACUUGCAAAACCAAGAAGCUGCCAUCCAGAAGCUAGAAAAUCAAAUUGUGUAUUUGUCUAAGCAAACCCCUGGGCCAAGCAUUUCUCAUGCUGACAAGGCUAUUGCAAGGGAAGAAUGUAAGGCCAUAACCCUCAGAAGUGGAAAAAAGCUAAAGGAGAUCUCAAAGGAAACCACAGAGGAUGAAGCCAAGGAAAAUGUGAGGGACAAGGAACAAGGACAAUCUUUUACACCGUCUGCAACAAAAGAAAAAGAAAAAGAGGUCCUGAAGCCUUAUACACCCAAAGUACCAUAUCCUCAGCGUUUGAUGAAAAGUGAAAAGGAUGGCCAAUUCUCCAGAUUCUUGGAGAUUUUCAAGAAGCUUCAAAUCAACAUUCCGUUUGCUGAGGCAAUAGAGCAAUUGCCACUCUAUGCAAAAUUCUUGAAGGAAUUAAUGACCAAGAAGAGAAGCUGGAGAAAUGAGGAAACUGUGUUGUUAACUGAAGAAUGCAAUGCUAGACCCUCCAUUCAAGCUCAGAGAAGAUUGAAUCCCGUCAUGAAAGAAGUGGUACAAAAUGAGGUCAUGAAGUUAUGGCAGGCAGGGGUAAUCUACCCCAUUUCUGACAGCCCAUGGGUUAGUCCCAUCCAUGUAGUUCCCAAGAAAGGUGGCAUAACUGUGGUGCCAAAUGAGAGGAACGAACUCAUACCCACAAGAACUGUCACUGGGUGGAGGAUGUGUAUAGACUACAGGAAGCUCAAUGAAGCCACCAGAAAAGAUCAUUUUCCACUCCCAUUCAUGGAUCAGAUGCUUGAAAGGCUUGCAGGACAUGCUUAUUAUUGCUUUCUGGAUGGAUACUCAGGCUAUAAUCAGAUAGUAGUUGAUCCAAGAGAUCAAGAGAAAACAUCUUUUGUUUGUCCAUAUGGGGUUUUUGCGUAUAGACGCAUGCCCUUUGGAUUAUGCAAUGCACCUGCAACUUUCCAAAGGUGCAUGCUGUCCAUCUUUUUGGACAUGAUCGAAAAGUUUAUUGAAGUUUUCAUGGAUGAUUUUUCUGUGUUUGGAAAUUCCUUUCCUAGCUGCCUACACCACCUUGCCUUGGUGCUUAAGAGAUGCCAAGACACCAACUUAGUAUUAAACUGGGAAAAGUGUCAUUUCAUGGUCACAGAAGGAAUAGUCCUUGGCCAUAAAGUGUCCAAUAGAGGCAUUGAGGUGGACAAAGCUAAGGUGGAACUCAUUGAAAAACUACCUCCACCAAGUAAUGUCAAGGCAGUUAGGAGUUUUUUGGGACACGCUGGCUUUUAUAGAAGGUUUAUUAGAGACUUUUCUAAAAUAGCCAAACCUUUGAGUAACUUGCUUGUCUCUGAUACACCCUUUGUAUUUGAUGAAAAUUGCAUGCUAGCCUAUGAACUUUUGAAGCAAAAACUUUCCUCUGCACCUAUCAUUGCCCCACCUGAUUGGAACUUACCUUUUGAACUGAUGUGUGAUGCAUCAGACCUUGCUAUUGGGGCAGUGUUAGGACAAAGGAAAGACAAUUUGGUACAUGUGAUUUAUUAUGCCAGUAAGGUCUUGAAUGAUAACCAAAGGAAUUACACAACCACUGAAAAAGAACUCUUGGCAAUAGUCUUUUCAUUUGACAAAUUUAGAUCAUAUCUCAUUGGGUCUAAAGUCAUUGUCUUCACUGAUCAUUCAGCUUUAAAAUACUUACUUGCUAAACGAGAAUCCAAACCAAGACUUAUUAGAUGGGUUCUUUUGUUGCAGGAAUUUGACAUUGAAAUCAAAGACAAGAAGGGUGUGGAGAACAAAGUGGCAGACCAUUUAUCAAGGAUACCAUGUGAAGAAGGAAGCACACAAAGCACACAUAUAAAUGAGUGUUUCCCUGAUGAACAACUCAUGGUAAUUCACAAAGCACCCUGGUUUGCAGACAUAGCAAACUUCAAGGCCACUGGGAGCUUGCCGUUGGAAUUUAACAAGCAUCAAAGGAAGAAAUUGGUAAAUGAUGCCAAAUACUUCAUCUGGGACGAACCAUACUUGUUCAAAAAAUGUUCGGAUGGCAUACUAAGAAGAUGCAUAUCAGAGGAAGAAGGAAGGGAAACAAGUGGUCAAGCCGAAAUAUCUAAUAGGGAACUCAAAAGAAUCCUGGAAAAGACUGUGGGAGCUUCAAGGAAGGACUGGUCGAUUAAGCUAGAUGAUGCUCUUUGGGCAUAUAGGACAGCUUUCAAAACACCAAUUGGAAUGUCUCCUUACCAACUAGUAUAUGGAAAAGCUUGCCAUUUGCCACUGGAGUUGGAGCACAAGGCAUUCUGGGCCUUGAAACUCUUAAACUUGGACAGCAAAGCUGCUGGAGAAAGAAGGAUGUUGCAAAUUCAAGAGUUGGAAGAAUUCAGAGCUGAAGCUUAUGAGAAUGCCAAAAUUUACAAAGAAAGAGCAAAGAAGAAGCAUGACAGCAACAUAGCCCCAAGGAAAUUUGAAGAGGGACAAAAAGUAUUGCUCUACAAUUCUAGGCUGAAGCUAUUUCCAGGGAAGCUAAAAUCAAGGUGGUCUGGACCAUUCCUUGUCACCAAGGUCUCCCAAUAUGGACAAGUAGAAAUCAUGGAAGAAAAGUCACAAAGAACCUUCACUGUGAAUGGUCAAAGACUCAAACAUUACUUGGGAGAUAUGGAGGAGAAGGACAAGGUUAAAUAUCACCUCAACUGA